GUUUGUCAGAGUACGGAGCAUGGAGUUGCAGCAGACGAACCCAGAACUGGAGCCGUCCGCCAUGAGCUGUGUAAAGCCGGUUCCACAGCAGUGUCUGACGACUAAGGUAAACGCCCUUAGUGAUGUCACUCGGGAGUCACUCUAUGCCAGCGCACAGCAUGUUGUGGAUGAUCUCAACUCAAAGAGGAAACAAGACACGCAACUACUUUCCGACUUCAAGAAAGCCCUACAUGAGCAGAUGGAAAGUGCAUGUAAUCGCCUGGAGCAACACAUGUUCUUAGGAUACGAGAAGAUCGGAGACCUCAUUCAAGCGAAGUUACAGGAGCUCUACAUGUGCCUUGACCGUAUCGAGAAGAUUGAGGCUGAGCUACAUGAAUUCAAAGAAGCCCUGAAAAUUCUGUAUCAAGAUAUGCAUUCUUGAAAAAAGAAAAUUGAUGUGAAAUGACGUUUGUUACAUGUUAAACUUAACAUCAUGAAAUCAAAUAUGCUGGGAAGAAUCUGCAUCAAGAAUUGCAUUCUUUGAAACAGAUAUGUACUUUGGGGGAAGUGCAUUUGUUAAUUGUUAUGAAAGCAAUAUAUUUCGAUGUUACAAAUUUAUUAAAUCUGUUUUCAUGAA